AUGUUAACACUACCGUUUGAUGAGUCUGUUGUAAUGCCAGAAUCCCAGAUGUGCAGAAAGUUUUCUAGAGAAUGUGAGGACCAGAAGCAAAUUAAGAAACCAGAAAGCUUUUCCAAACAGAUUGUCCUUCGAGGAAAGAGCAUCAAAAGGGCCCCAGGAGAAGAAACCGAGAAGGAAGAAGAGGAGGAAGACAGGGAGGAGGAAGAUGAAAAUGGCUUGCCCAGAAGGAGGGGUCUUAGGAAAAAAAAGACGACCAAACUCCGACUGGAGAGGGUCAAGUUCAGGAGACAGGAAGCUAACGCACGCGAGAGAAACAGGAUGCACGGCCUCAACGACGCUCUGGACAAUUUAAGAAAAGUGGUCCCCUGCUAUUCCAAAACCCAAAAACUGUCCAAAAUAGAAACUUUACGACUGGCCAAAAACUACAUCUGGGCACUUUCUGAAAUUCUGAGAAUCGGCAAGAGACCUGAUCUGCUCACGUUCGUCCAAAACUUAUGCAAAGGUCUUUCCCAGCCAACUACAAACUUGGUGGCAGGCUGCUUGCAGCUCAAUGCCAGGAGUUUCCUGAUGGGUCAGGGUGGGGAGGCUGCGCACCACACAAGGUCACCCUACUCUACUUUCUACCCGCCCUACCACAGCCCUGAGCUCACCACUCCCCCAGGGCAUGGAACUCUUGAUAAUUCCAAGACCAUGAAACCCUACAAUUAUUGCAGUGCGUAUGAAUCCUUCUAUGAAAGCACUUCCCCUGAGUGUGCCAGCCCUCAGUUUGAAGGUCCCUUAAGUCCUCCCCCAAUUAACUAUAAUGGGAUAUUUUCCCUGAAGCAAGAAGAAACCUUGGACUAUGGCAAAAAUUACAAUUACGGCAUGCAUUACUGUGCAGUGCCACCCAGGGGUCCCCUUGGGCAGGGUGCCAUGUUCAGGUUGCCCACCGACAGCCACUUCCCUUACGACUUACAUCUGCGCAGUCAAUCUCUCACCAUGCAAGAUGAAUUAAAUGCAGUUUUUCAUAAUUAAUGAGGAAAAUGAAAAUAAACAGUGGUCAUUCACCUCCCCCGUCUAAUUAAGACAAAGCAGAUGCUUGUGGGCUGAGUAACUGGCACAACUCUAUCUGAGGUGUUUACUAGUUCCUGAAGUGUAUUUCAACUAUUGUGAGAAUUUUCUAUGUAAUAAUAAACCUCUUUUCGUAUAAGGACUUCUUUUCCUUUCCUUUUGUCUGUAAAGCACUGUGAAUCUGUUUCUACUGGAAGGAUUUUUUUUUCCCCCUUGUUUUAUUUUCUUUUAAAUUCACUUUGAAUUAAAUUUGUUUGAACAAGGUGUCUAAGAAUAUACUGUUGAAUAAAGACAUGCACACAGCAUAACUCAAUGUCUAUUUCAGUUGUACAGUAAUUAUAAAAAAUGCAUGUUAUUAAAAUCAGAUGAAUAAAAUGAUGUGUUUAUAAUUACUAGCAAUUAUAUAUUAUGUAUCUCUGAAAAUUGAAAAUAUUGAGAAUAACACGAAGGUGACAUUGAUAUUAGAAGAUGCAUUUGAGGAUGUGCAACAAUAUAAAAAGCUAUGCAAUUUUCUUUUUAUUAAGGAUGAAUCUAAAUGCAUUCAAUUGGUAACUAUUCCUCUUCAAGUAUUGCAGAUGGGGCAACAUGAUAUUUGGGUGGACGGUGUCAUGAUUUUGGAACAAUUAUUUCAAUCGUAAAGAAAAAUUUUUCGGCACUUGUUUUGUAUUGUUCAGAAAUUAUCUGUACAGGUUUGUUAUCACAAUGUAUAAUUGUGUUUUUCCACCCCACAUUUUUAAAGCAAUUAAACAUAGAUAUUUACACUCCUAAA